UAUAACUCCCUGUCACACUCUUAACUAGUCGCUCUAGGGAAGACCGCAGCCAUGGCGAUGGUUAAGGGAAGAUUGAAUGGCGUCGCCCUACCUCUGGUAGUUGCUCUCUCCUUUCUGCUCGCGGCUGUGUCUGCUGAGGUGUUCUUUGAGGAGCGUUUUGAUGAUGGAUGGGAUAGUCGCUGGGUCAAGUCUGAAUGGAAGAAAGAUGAGAACAUGGCUGGUGAGUGGAAUUAUACCUCUGGCAAAUGGAAUGGAGAUGCUGAUGAUAAAGGUAUUCAGACCAGUGAAGACUACAGGUUCUAUGCCAUUUCUGCUGAAUUCCCUGAAUUCAGCAACAAGGACAAGACGUUAGUAUUUCAAUUUUCUGUCAAGCAUGAGCAGAAGCUUGACUGUGGUGGGGGAUACAUAAAAUUGCUUAGCGGUGAUAUUGACCAGAAGAAAUUUGGUGGUGACACUCCAUACAGUAUCAUGUUUGGACCAGAUAUAUGUGGCUACAGCACCAAAAAAGUCCAUGCUAUUCUCACCUACAAUGAGACAAACCACUUGAUCAAGAAGGAUGUUCCAUGUGAGACUGACCAACUCACUCAUGUCUACACGUUUAUCCUACGUCCUGACGCUACCUAUAGCAUCCUCAUCGACAAUGAGGAGAAGCAGUCUGGUAGCUUGUACUCUGACUGGGAUAUCUUGCCUCCAAAGAAGAUCAAGGACCCCGAGGCCAAGAAGCCAGAAGAUUGGGACGAUAAGGAGUACGUUCCUGAUCCUGAGGACAAGAAACCAGAGGGUUAUGAUGACAUCCCAAAGGAGAUUACAGAUCCUGAAGCCAAAAAGCCUGAUGACUGGGAUGAUGAGGAAGAUGGUGAAUGGACUGCUCCAACCAUUCCAAACCCCGAGUACAAGGGACCAUGGAAGGCAAAGAAAAUCAAGAACCCCAACUAUAAGGGCAAGUGGAAGGCACCAAUGAUUGAUAACCCAGACUUCAAAGAUGAUCCUGAACUCUAUGUUUAUCCACGUUUGAAGUAUGUAGGCAUUGAGUUGUGGCAGGUGAAAUCUGGAACCUUGUUCGACAAUAUCUUGGUUGCUGACGACCCUGAUUAUGCUAAGAAGCUUGCCGAAGAAACAUGGGGCAAACACAAGGAUGCCGAGAAGGCAGCUUUUGAUGAGGCCGAAAAGAAGAGGGAAGAAGAGGAAUCAAAGGAUGAGCCAGCUGAUUCUGACGAUGAUGCUGAUGAUGCUGACGAUUCUGAGGAUGCUGAUGAUGAUAAGAAAUCAGAUGACUCUGCCGAUGCCAAAGAAGACUCUGAAGCCCCCGAACAUGAUGAGCUAUAGAGCAUUUGGAGUAUUGAGAAGCUUGCCUAGUUACUCGCCUGGAUUUUUCCUUUUUCCUUUUUUUUUUUUUGGAAUUUUUUAGGAGGCUCUGUUUCUCGAUGAUGAAUGUUAUGUUGCACCAAACGCCGAUAAUUGCUUCGAUGGGUAAUUCGCCUAUUUCAUGAGCUUAAAACAGGUUUUGCUUUGGAUCCGUGGAAUAGUUACAUGCUCUCUUAUUACACAAA